CGCUCUUCUUGUCUUCUUGUCUUCCGUCUCCGUCCCACUCUCAUCUCAACGAGUGUCUUGCUCGACAAACACGCCCUCAUCGGGUCGCACACUGCAGCCGUCCACACCGUCGCCACCAUGCUCGACACCCUCCCGCCCGAGAUCCUCUCCCAGAUCGCACACCACCUCAUCCUCUCCGCCUGCCGGCCCCCCGUGGAUCUCCUCUGCACCUGCCGCUCACUGUACGCCGCCGCAGCGCCAGGCUUGAACCCCAAUCUCUAUGCCUCCGUCUUCCGUGCGCACUACGACACCGCCGCCGCCCAGCGCCGCUUUACAUCGCUAGGACCAAGCGACAGCCCAUACCCAAACCGACCACGUGACCCCAGUUCCAGCGCGCGCCAACUCACACCCGAGCCGCUGCGGCCGGCCGACUUUGUCGCUGAGCUCAGGACACGGACGCUGGCGCUGGAACGGCUGGCGCGGGUCGCAGCGGAGGGCGGCGACUUGCGGGUCGAGGAGCUGUGGGUCGUGUAUCUCAUGCUGAUUGAGAAUGACGGCAAGAACCUCCGCCACCUUGUUCCGCCACUCACGCAGCCCGGCGUCGACGUCGUGUCCCUCGUGCGAGAUUACCAUGACCGCGUGCUCCAGUCGCCGCCCGACUUCGCAUACCCGCCCCAGAGACCUGUCGACGCGCUAGCCAUGUGGAUCUCAUGGCUCUUGGACGACUACAACUCGAGCACGCCGCGCCAAAUCCGCGCGCUGCGACCCUACGUCUUCGCCGCGCAGCAGUACGACCUCUUCUAUGCGCCGUGGACACAGCCCCGCGUCCCCGUGCCGCAGCGGAACAACCAGCACCGCGUCCCGCCCCCGCUUGGGCCUUACUCGUCGGUGCACACGCCGCAGGACCGCGCCUGCACCGUCCCAGCGUAUGGGCGGACGCUGAGCAUCGCGCCGCCGAUCCUCGCGCACGCCGCGCAGCUGCGCUUCUUCACGGCGCCGGGGGCAGACACGCCGGCCAGUAUCCCCGGCCUCGGCCCCGAGGUGAUGGACAUGGAGCUGCAAUCGAUGCGCGCGCUCCCGCGCCCCGCACUCUCGAGCGCGCGGCACGACGCGGACUUUGAGCGCCUGCUGGUGUGUACGAACGGCGCGCGCUCGCCGGGCCGCGCGCUGUGGGCGUGGCGCGGCGUCUUCACCGGCUCGUGGGAGGGCACAUUCACGUUCCUCGAGUUCGACGCGUUCCAAGACAUGAUGGCGGGGCACGCGGCGGCGAUUUACUCGGGCCCGUACGGCGAGCAAGCGCAGGUCUGGAAGCUGCGCGAGACUUUCGUCCGCCCGAAGCCGGGCACGCCGGCCGACGGCCCCGGCCUGCCCCUCCGCGGGCCGAUGGUGAACGCGGGCUUUCCGGCCGACAUGCGCCCGUUCAACCCGAACGCGAUAGCCGCGCGGGCGCCCGGCCGCUCGCCGGAAGACGCGACGAUCGACGACGCGCUCGGCCGCCAGCUCGCCGCGCUGCCGGGGUACGAGAGCAUCCCGGCCCACGAGGUCGAGGCCGCGCUCGCGCGCGCCGAGCCCGGCGACAACCUCGGCCUGCUGGUCACGGGCGUCGGACACAGCGCGUGGGGCCGCUUCGUCAUCUCCGGCCAUGUGCGCGUCUGGGACGGCCUGCUGUACAUGGUCAAAGAGUAUGCGCCGUUCCAGCGCGGUAAAUGGCUUUACCGCGGGUAUGUGUUGGGCGACGGGGCAAUGGUCGGGCGCUGGCGCGAUACCCUCACGCCCGAGGAUUAUGUCGGGUACGAAGGCACGUUUAUGCUCAAGAAGCGGUCGUAGUGGGGAGGGGUAUGCCGGUGAUCUUAAGGCGAGGGCAG